AUGGAUAUCGACGACAUUCUCGCAUCUGUUGACCGCGGCGCUGGCGCCAGUACAGAGUCAACGGCCAUAGACCACCAACUUCUCACCCGAUUCUGGGUCGCCGAGCGCGCCGUCUCGGAGGUCCUGCCAUGGCCCGCACCGCUAAUGGAGCGGAUGAUGGAUAGAGUGCGGUGGCAGAUCGAGACAAUUGAGGACCUCGCCGCUUCCUCCGCAGACACAGACCUCUCCACAAAACAACACACUCACAACCCAAAUCUAAAUCUGCGCCUCUCAAUUUUGCAAACAGACCUCGCCCGCACUCAAUACAUCAUCCGCAGUCUCCUCCGCCAACGCCUAUCAAAACUUACAAAACACAGCAUGCACUACCUUGUCAAACUAGCCAGCCGGUCAAAAAAUCCUCUCUCUCAAACACCUUCGCAAUCGCAAUCCCAGUCCCAACCGCCGCCCUCACAAACUCUGUCACCGGAAGACUCAGUCCCAGAUAUCUCACAAGUAACAGACUACGCCCCACUCUCGGCGCAAGAAUGCGCCUUCGUGCACGCGCAUCAAACGCUUUUGGCAGGCCAUUAUGGCGGCUCGUUUAUGGGCGCCUUCCCACCGCAACUGAGGCGGUUGGAUGACAAUGCUGGUGGAACUAGUAUGGUGCAAGGGCCUGAUAUGAAGGAGGUGGUUUUUGUGCGGUGUCUGAAGCAUGAGGUUCCUGUUGUUGUGGAGGGCGUUGAUGGAGGUGAGGAUUUAGGUGUUGUUAUGCGGAUGGGUGAUGUUUGGGUCGUGCUUUGGGAGGGUGUUAGGAAUGCUUGGAUGAAAGGGGAGGUCGAGUUGCUUUGA